CAACAACGUUCUUUCUUUGGCACCUUGUUUUUUUUGCAGUAAUGCGCUGCCGUUGUCACUGCUUGCAAAUUUAAAAUAGUUUUUAACUCGUAACUCACGGUAAAAUGAGGCAAUUUCAUUGGAUAGUGCAUGCACGAGCUAAUUACUUAAUGUGACUAAAAAGAUCUCAGUAAAAUUUGUAUUGUGUAGUGAAAAGUAGCAGUGAAACUGUGAGUAAAAAUGAAACUGGUUUACAAAAACAUGGACAAGACCGGCGAAGGGAGCGUCACGCUUGUCCCGGAGGAACCUGAGGAUAUGUGGCAUGCUUACAACUUGAUCGCUGAAGGUGACCAAGUUCGAAGCGGUACUAUCCGAAAGGUUCAAAAUGAAACCGCCACCGGGUCUUCAACUAGUAGUAGAGUUCGUACCACGUUGACCAUCAGCGUAGAAACUAUCGACUUUGACACCCAGGCACAAGUUUUACGCCUCAAAGGACGUAAUAUCGAAGAAAACCAGUUCGUAAAGAUGGGUGCUUACCAUACGCUGGAUCUAGAGUUGAAUCGCAAGUUCACUCUCACCAAACCGGAGUGGGAUUCCGUUGCCUUGGAUCGCGUCGAGAUGGCAUGCGAUGUAACUCAGAGUGCGGAUGUUGCGGCCGUUAUCAUGCAGGAUGGUUUGGCGCACGUAUGCCUAAUUACCGCCAGCAUGACUCUAGUCCGCAGCAAAAUUGAUGUGUCGAUUCCUCGUAAGCGCAAGAACAAUGUUCAGCAGCACGAGAAGGGGUUGGCUAAAUUUUACGAUUCGCUGAUCCAAAGCAUACUUCGUCAUGUGAACUUCGAUAUCGUUAAGUGUGUGCUUCUGGCUUCGCCCGGUUUCGUCAAGGAUCAAUUCUACGAGUACAUGUUCCAGCAGGCCGUAAAGACUGACAACAAGGUGUUACUAGACAAUAAAAGUAAAUUUAUGUUGGUCCAUUCGUCCUCCGGGUUUAAACACUCUCUAAAAGAGGUGCUACAGGAUCCGGCAGUUGUGGCAAAAAUGUCCGACACCAAGGCGGCCGGGGAAGUUAAAGCACUGGAACAAUUCUACACCAUGCUACAGUGCGAACCGGCCAAAGCGUUCUACGGUAAAAAACACGUGACCAAAGCGGCCGAAGCGCAGGCUAUCGAAACGCUGAUGAUAUCGGAUAAUCUGUUUCGCUGCCAAGAUGUAGCAACCCGGAAGCAAUACGUUCAGCUCGUGGAUUCGGUGCGCGAUUCUGGUGGCGAGGUUAAAAUAUUUUCAAGCAUGCACGUGUCUGGCGAACAACUUGCGCAGCUAACGGGAGUUGCCGCUAUUCUACGUUUUCCCAUGCCGGAAUUAGAAGACAGCGAAGACGAGCAAAGUGAUUCGGAUUCGGAUUGAGAUGUUGAAUCGAAACUGAAAAAAAAAUCAUGUUGUUACAACUCAGCGUUGCAAUCGAUAUUAUUGUGUAAACACAACACUUAAAAUUAUUUUAAUGUAUAUUUAGUACCACACGCAGAAUAGAAUUGUUGCAAAACGUUUCGCAGCAAAUACAAAGUUAAAUAUUUUAGGUACUGAUGCAAAUUACCGAUCAUAACAAAAAUACGUAUUAUUUAAUUUGCAUUUGUCGUACAAUCAAAUGCCAACAACUCUGUUCUUUGCAUACUCUAUGGUAUUUACAUAGUUAAAACAAAUUUCAAUAUCAGUUUACCACACGUAAAUUACAAUUACCGUUUUACUAAUGUUCUGGUCGCUUAUCAAUCGUGGAAUUAUAUGUUACGUGUGGACUGAGUGCUGUGCAAGAUAGACUCAAAAUGUCCUACUAAAUUUGUUUAUUGUAUAUACGUUAUGUUCUAUUUUUUGUAAGACAGGAUCGUCAAAACAUAAACUGGA